UAUAAAUGUUUAAAUAGUCCUGACAUUGCUCAACUGUGUAUUCGGCAUGCUACCAACAGAUGAUCCCAAAGGAAAAGACCAGCCUUUAUUAUUACAAAGACCCCAUAUUUCAUAUACUGCAAUCUUGGAGCACAUGACAAAUGUUUACAAAAGACCAAGAACAGAGCCAUUCCCUUUCCUGGACAGAGAGUCAAACUUCAGCCUUUUACCUAAAAUUACUACAACCGAUAAAGUUGUAUCCGCUACCAUGGAGAGCUGCGUAUUCAAAAGUGUUUUAACCUGUGGAGGAGGUUAUGGCCUUGGAGCAGUGCUUGGUUUAUUCAUGUAUGGAGUGGAAUCGCCUGUCACUGAUCCAUCUAAAAUUCCCACUGUGCGAGAAACGAUACGUGAAAUGAGGACUAGGAUGCAUUCAUCUGGAAAAACAUUUGCUUUUGUUGGAGCAAUGUUUUCUGCAACUGAAUGUGCUUUGGAAACGUAUCGCGGAAAAUCUGACCCAAAAAAUACACCUGCUGCUGGGUUUAUCACCGGUGGUCUUCUUGGCUUGCGAGGUGGAAUUCAAGCAGGAUUAUUUGGUGGACUUGGAUUUGCGGCAUUUUCAUUCCUUAUAGAUUAUUACCUUUUGCAUCGUCAUUCAUGACACUGUUACAAUGAUAUAUGUAAAUCUGUCUCAAAAAGAGGUAUGUUGCUGCAUGAAAACUGAGAUUGAGUGGUCAUGUGCUGCUGGCAGAAUGGUUUCUGAAAACCACAAUGGAAAGAAUUUUGAGUUUGGAUGGCUGGUUCUCCUCCGUUGAUUAACUGAAUAAUAGUUUCUUCUAUGACGAAUUGUCUCUGUUACUUAUUAACUUAUUAAUCCUUAACCUCAACGCACUGGCAAAAACUGACUGAAUGGGAGUUGCAGAAUGGAUCUUAUGAAAGAUAACUGUAUGCUUCAUUCUCAAUGCCCACUUUAUAUUUAUGAAGACCUGGUAGCAAUAUAGUAAAGCCAUAUGUUCAG